UUGUGGGCUGCAGUUCUGUCCGAGCCCUGGGCUUCUCACGAAUAUGAAGUGAAGGGCUCUGACCCAGAACGUGGUAGGUUCUGAGCAGGGUGAAAUGGGGUCUCAGAAAUGUGGAGGCUGCCUAAGUGGUCUGCUGAUUCCGCUUGCACUUUGGAGCAUAAUUGUGAACAUAUUAUUGUAUUUCCCAAAUGGGCAAACUUCCUAUGCAUCCAGCAAUAAACUCACCAACUACGUGUGGUAUUUUGAAGGAAUCUGUUUCUCAGGUAUCAUGAUGCUUAUAGUAGCAACAGUUCUUCUUGCAUUGGAGAGUGAUAACAACUACAAAUGUUGCCAGAGUGAAAACUGCAGCAAAAAAUACAUGACACUGCUGUCGAUGAUCUUUUCUGCCCUUGGAAUUGCUUUCUCUGGAUACUGCCUGGUCAUAUCUGCUCUAGGCCUUGUUCAGGGUCCAUACUGCCGCACUCUUGAUGGCUGGGAGUACGUCUUUGAAGGCACUGCAGGACGUUUCCUUACAGAUUCCAGCAUGUGGACUGAGUGCCUGGAACCCGCACAUGUAGUGGAGUGGAACAUCAUUUUAUUUUCCAUUCUCAUAGCUCUCAGUGGACUUCAGGUGCUUGUUUGCCUCAUCAGAGUAGUCACUCAGUUAUCCAAGAUACUGUGUGGAACCUAUUCGGUUAUCAUCCAGCCUGGAAUCAUUUGAAUGACAACAAGAAUAUUUUCCAUUAUCAAGAUAUGCCAUCUAUCUGUCUCAUAUCUACUAUAUAGACCUUAAGGCAAUAUUCAAAUGAUGGUGAUUUCUCCAUUUGGAUGUUUUUUGAGCCUCUUAUAAAAUUUAUAGUCCUCACUGGAAGUGCCAGCUAUGUCACCCUUCUAUCUGGAAUUUUUUCUAAGCAAUAUGUGUUAGGAUCUUCAGAAAUAUCCAUAUUCUUUGGUCAAACAAAUCCAUUCCCAAUAAUCUAUACUAUGGAAAUAAAUAAGAAUAAAAGAUAAAACUUCAUGCAAAUACAAAUAAUACAAUAUUAUUUGAUAUUCUAGAAAAUUACAAAUACCUGAAAGUCUAACUUUCAGGGAAAGAUUAAGUCAAGGGUAAUACAUUAGUUGUAAUAUUAUAUAGUCACUACAAAUUAUGUUACACAGUCAUUACAAAUUAUAUUUUAAAGAUUAUAAAUACUGUUAAUUAAAAAAGCAGAUUACAAACUUAUGUUCACAUUAUAAACAAACCAUCUAAGACAAACACCAAAUAAUCAAAAUUUAGGAAGAAAACUCAAUCUGGAAGGAUUUACAGAAAAAUGUCAACUGUCAUUUGUCUGGAUGAUAGGCGACCCUUCUUACUUUUCUCUAUUUCCCAAGUUUUCAUUAUCAUUUUUAUAAUUAAAACAUAUUUUAAAACUCAUCAUUUUUACUAUUAAAAAUGCUUGCUUUUAUCCAAUCUUUAAAUAUAUGCUUUUCCACCUUGAGUAUCUAUAAACAUCAUAAAAUAAUGCUUCAAUCUGUUCAAUAAUGAAAGUACUGAGACAGAAAGACAAAAUAAAUUGUAUAAAUUUAUAUAAUCUAACUGAGACUUUAGCCUUAUUUUCUCACUCCUGAUGAUGAGUGUGGUGGGCUAAAAGAGGUAGACUUGAAAUAAAUGAGCAGUCGAGGGCAUGCUCAAUGGGUUAAAGAAAGUGAUCAUUGACCAGGCAAUACCUAUGUCAUAGGGAGUUACCAAUACCUACACUAAUAGAAAAAAAAUUUUUAGUGAAACAUUUAGAAACUUUCUGUCUGUACCCUAUAGUUACCAUGACCUCCUUGAGAACAGCAGCAAUGUUAUAUAUUUUCCCAUCCUCCUUAGGACGUAGGACGUGGUAGACACUUAACAUUAGAUAUGCAUGCCAGGCCUGUCUGCCCUUCAUGGUUACUAUGCUGAACACCUGUCUCCACCAUAGGCCCACUGGACCAUAACACUUCUGCCACUUCCCUAUUGCUCUCCUCCAUGAACACUGUCAACAAUGCUCUGUCAAUACCUGCUCUGUGCCAAAGCUGGGCAGCAGCCUGGGGGAAGAAGGAAACAUGCUUCUAUCCUUGGUGCCUGCUCUACCCACAUCCUCCUUUAAAGGAAGCUGCCCUGACUGCAGCCUUUGCUGAUAUAAGUGUCUUGAAAGAAAGUCAUGUUAUAUAUCAGAUGACCUCAAUGCCUGGACCCAGCUAGAAGAACUGGGAUGGGCACCCAAGCUGUGGGCAACCUAUCAUCACCUAACUAGCUCUGAUUUAGCCAAGAGUGAAACACCAUCCAAAUGAGAUUAGUGGUCCUUCUUCCUUGAGAAUUUGAUCUCAAGGAAGCCAGGAAUGAAUCAACCCAAUCAUUGCUGUCAGGAAAGUAAUUACAGGCUGAGAAAGGAUGCUAAAAUACAGAGAGUAUCUGAUUACUCCACCAAGCGCAUAAACUUGUCAUAUUCAUCACUCACUUUUCUUAGUUCUCCCAAUGACUCCUUAACCUUCUGGUAAACAGACUUCUGACAAGUCAGCCCCACCAGUUUCUCUGACACAUUCAGACUGUCUCAGUCUUGUUUAGAUUCGAUACGGCACCAUACCCUGAGUGGACCAUGAGUAGAUGUCAGCUGAACAACUCCACCCCAGAAUUGGAAACAUUGUCUAAGAACAGGUUGCAGCCAAAUACAGUAGAGUAUUUGUAUCAGUAUAUUUAAUAUUAACAGAAUCACCCCACAUUUUUUAUUUAAAGAACAUCCGCUAAUGCAGUUUUAAGGGAAAAAGGCUGUAUACAAAUCUAUGUGUGCACUGUGAGAUCAAUUUUUUAAUAAUACGAUUACAUGUAGACACGAGCAAAUCUUCAGAUACAGACCAAAAAAGACUGGAACAAUAUCUAAGUGUUAGUAGUUAAUAAUUAUCCCCUAAUAGUCGGAUUGUGACUUGUGUUUCUUUUCUCUACAUUGUUCUAUAUUUUCAAAUUUUCAUUUGAAAAUGUGUUACUUGAAUAGUGAGAAAAAAAUAAAUACCAUUUAAAAAGGAAG